UGCACAACCUUAAAAGUUUGGUGGACAAAAUGAGACAGAAAAAGAAGUGGCAUAAAACACGUCCUAGAAAGUCGGAGAAAGUUAUACAUGUAAACAAACUACGGUGAGUUCAAGGACCGCCAAAAUGAGUAGGACAAAACGGCGCUCGCCAAAUACUCGAAUCAGUGAAGCAUGUUUAAUAUAAACAGUGUGCUUGGUAACAAUUAGGGAGGUUUGUGUCAUGUUUGUCCUCCUACAGAAACCAUAUUAAAACAAAAAUAUAUUUUUUUCCCCUCAUCUUUUUCCAUUUUUCAUACAUUUUUUGAAAAAGCUCCAGAGAGCCACUAGGGCGGCGCUAAAGAGCCGCAUGCGGCUCUAGAGCCGCGGGUUGCCGACCCCUGGGAUAGGUGAAGCGCUAACCUUUAUGUGUCCUGUUGUUAGGCGGGUGUUAGAAAAGGUUAAUUGUGUAAAAACUACCUUUUAAUUUGCUCUAAAAGACUCGUUGCGAUGAAUAGGUCAUAGCUGCUACAGAACUUGAACGCUAUGUACUUUCCGGUAUUGACACUAUCCCUCCUCUUUCUCUCUUCUCUGCCACUCUCUCGAGACAGAUUCGCUUCCGUGGAAGUGAAGCUCCGUCCACGCUCGAGUAUGAACUUAGCAAGUCAGACUUAUGUGCUGGUGGUCUUCCUCACCUCCACGGUCUUCAUAUGCCGUGCCCAGGAGAGAGACUACACCCUGAAGGAGGAGCAGCCGGAGAAUGUCCGCAUCGGGAACCUGCGCAGGGACCUGGACCUAAAUCUGGACCCCGGCGUCCGGCUAUCCUCACCCCUGCAGUUCAAGCCCGUGUACAAGACGGGCGACGUGCCUUUGGUGAGGGUGGAGGCCAACACCGGGGAGAUCUUUACCACUAAUCACCGCAUCGACAGGGAGAAGCUGUGCUCGGGGGUCUUUUCAGAGAAACGCUGCUACUACGAGAUCGAGGUGGCCGUGUUGCCUGACGAGAUCUUCCGACUGGUCAAGAUCCGCUUCCUGAUUGAGGACGUCAAUGACAACGCGCCCCUUUUUCAGUCUACGGUCAUAAACAUCUCCAUCCCGGAGAACACAGCCAUCAACACCCGAUACCCGGUGCCCUCUGCCUUUGACCCUGAUGUCGGGAUCAAUGGGAUACAACAUUAUGAGCUGGUCAAGAGCGUUGGAGAAUUUGGCUUAGACAUCAUCGAGACCCCCGAGGGUGACAAGUGGCCGCAGCUGAUCGUCCAGCAGAACCUAGAUCGUGAGCAGAAGGACACCUUUGUCAUGAAGAUAAAAGUGGAGGAUGGCGGGAACCCCCCCAAGUCCAGCACUGCCAUCCUUCAAGUCACCAUCUCUGACGUCAACGACAAUCGCCCCAUCUUCAAGAACAGCGAGCUGGAAGUCACCGUACCCGAGAACGCCCCCACGGGGACGUCGGUCGUUCAGCUACACGCGACAGACGCGGACCUCGGCUUUAAUGCCCAGAUUCACUUCGCCUUCAGUAACCAGAUCUCUGCUUCGACCAAACGACACUUUGCUAUCGACAGCAACACGGGAUUGAUCACUGUGAAACAGCCGCUGGACAGGGAGUUAACGCCUGUUCACAAACUUAUUGUUCUGGCCAGUGAUGGCAGCUCGACACCCUCCAGAGCCACAGUGACUGUCAACGUUACCGAUGUUAAUGACAAUGUUCCUUCCAUUGACACUCGCUACAUUAUCAACCUGGUGAACGGGACUGUUCUGUUGUCUGAGAAUGCUCCUCUCAAUACCAAAAUAGCCCUGAUCACAGUUACAGACAGAGAUGCAGAUCUCUUUGGCAAAGUCACUUGCUACACUGACCAUGACGUUCCAUUUAGGUUGAAGCCGGUCUUUAAUGAUCAGUUUUUACUGGAGACAGCUGCUCCACUCGAUUAUGAGACAACUCGAGAAUAUGCAAUUAGGAUAGUGGCCUCGGAUAGGGGGACUCCUCCUUUGAACACUUCAGCUAUGGUUUUAAUUAAAAUCAAGGAUGAGAAUGACAAUGCGCCCAUCUUCCCCCAGCCAGAAAUCCAACUUUCCAUACCAGAGAAUAAUGACCCGUCAUCACAGUUAAUAAAAAUCAGUGCCACUGAUGCAGACAGCGGACAUAAUGCUGAGAUUAUUUAUACUCUUGGCCCCGAUGCACCCGACGGGUUUAACAUAGACAGACGGUCGGGAGUACUUUCGGUUGGAAAACGACUGGACAGAGAAAAGCAGGAGAGGUAUUCAUUCACUGUCAUAGGCAGAGACAACGGCUCCUCGUACCUGCAGAACAAUGUCACCGUCAGACUAAUUGUUCAGGACCUUAAUGACAACAGCCCGGCUUUCACACACCCCGAGUACAACUUCUAUGUGCCUGAAAACCUUCCGCUCUUUGGAACUGUGGGCUUAAUCACAGUGACGGACGCAGAUGCAGGAGAUAAUGCUGUCGUGACCCUGUCCAUUCUGAACGGGAAAGAUCAUUUCAUCAUCGACCCUCAAACUGGCGUGAUCAAGCCCAAUAUCACCUUUGAUCGGGAGCAGCAGAGCUCCUACACAUUUAUGGUCAAGGCAGUGGAUGGAGGGGAGCCCCCGAGCUCCUCCUACGCCAAGGUCACUAUAAAUGUGGUUGAUGUAAACGACAAUCGCCCUGUGUUCGUUGUUCCCUCGUCCAAUUACUCAUACGACCUAGUGCGGACCACCACAACCCCCGGUGCUGUUGUUACAAGAGUGUUUGCCAUUGACAAUGACACAGGUAUGAAUGCUGAGCUACAGUAUAGCAUUACCAGCAGCAUCAUCAUUACAUCUAGGGUCUCCCCUCGCGGCCUUUUCUCCAUUGACAAAACAACAGGUAACAUAACACUGCAGGAGAAAAUAGUGGCGGCGGAUCAAGGGCUGCAUAGGCUGGUUGUCAAAGUCAGAGAUCUCGGCCAGCCUGAGUCUUUACAAGCUAUCGCACUUAUUCACUUAUUCGUCAAUGACACUGUGUCAAAUGCCACUUUUAUCCAAGAACAGCUGCGGAAAAGUAUGGAGACACCACUGGACCGAAACAUAGGGGACAGCGAGGUAACACCUCAAGCUAAUGGAUACGUGAUUGUUGUCAUUGCCAUCAUAGCCGGGACCAUGACUGUCAUCUUGGUGAUAUUUGUGACUGCCUUGGUGCGCUGCCGACAGACUCCCAGACACAAAGUGGUACAGAAGGGCAAGCAGAGCGGCGAGUGGGUGUCGCCUAAUCAAGAAAACCGUCAGAUCAAGAAGAAGAAGAAGAGAAAGAAGCGCUCCCCGAAGAGCCUUCUGCUGAACUUUGUGACCAUAGAUGAAUCCAAGCCUGACGACCCCACCCAUGAGCAUGUUAAUGGCACACUGGAUCUCCCCGUGGAGCUGGAGGAGCAGACCAUGGGGAAGUACAACUGGGCCACCACGCCCACCACCUUCAAACCCGACAGCCCAGACUUAGCCAAGCAUUACAAGUCUGCGUCCCCUCAGCCGACAUUUCAAAUCAAACCGGAGACUCCGGUGGCCCCGAAGAAGCAUCACGUGAUCCAGGAGCUCCCUUUAGACAACACAUUCGUGGUGGGCUGCGACUCGCUCUCCAAGUGCUCAUCGACGAGCUCCGACCCGUACAGUGUCUCCGAGUGCGGCUGUCAGGGGGGAUUCAAGAGUCCGGGGCAAAUCACCACCCGACAGGAGACGGCACUGAAACCACCACACUAUGGCACACUCUGUGGCACAGGUACAGCCCGCUCCCACAGGAUUAAAAUCAAUCUCUAGCUCCCACCACCUAAAGAGAGAGAGAAUGAGAGAGAGAGAGAAAAGAGAGAGAGAGUGGAGAAGUGAGCAAGUACUUUACUGCCUCAAAAGCUCACCUCCUCACACAAACACAGGACACAUGGACACGGAGGAGAGAGAAAAAGGGUUGCCGGGGAGUGACAUGAAAGAAAAAAAAAAAAAAAAAAAGAGACACACUUCAUGUUUUCCUGCUUGAAACUUGACAAAGAAACCCUCUCUUGUCAAAUGAAUUUGUUUGAGUCCAAUGCUAUGACCUAAGGGUCCAGCACCCACGCUGUAAAAUAGGUGUCAAAUACAGUCAAUGGAUCUGUAAAUUAAAUAUAAAACGAAAAGAUGGGAAAUUUGUGUUUGGUUAUUUAGUUUUUUUCUUGGUCUAUUCUAAGGAGCAUCUUCACCGCCAUGCCAAAAACAUACCAGUAUUGACUCCUGUUUGGUGUUUUUUUUGGAUAGAUUGUAUGGUUAAAGUCUAACAAUACAGUGGUAGCUUCACUUACUGUACAAUGUCUGCUGUCAUUAGGAUGUGGACUGAUAGAGUCUUAUCAAUGACUCAUAAUUCUUGCAAUUUGUGGGGGGGAAUUUUGCCUAUCAUUCACAAUCAUUAUGUAAGAAAAUAACAUGUAUUUUUUUUUUUUUUCAAGGAAAUUUGUAUUUAUUGUUUGGCUAAUUGAUACAAAGGGGAAAUUAACUUUUUGGGAGGUAUUUUUUAUUUUUUUUAUUUUUCAUUUUUUUAAAGAAUUUAUUAAUCAAUCAAACAAAACAAUACAGAACAAUACCGUAAUAAUGCAAUCCAGUUCCAAAACCAAACCCGACCCAGCAACAUUCAGAACAGCAAUCAACAGAGCAAUUGAGAGGAGACACAAACAUGACACAGAACAAUCUAAAAGUAGUAAAACAAAAAUGAAUAUUAUCAAUAUUAGUAACAAUUUCAACAUAGCAGUGAUUAAAAAUCCCUCAUUGACAUUAUCAUUACAGACAUUAUUAAAAAAAUAAAAAAUAAAAUAAUAAAAUGAACAAUAGUGUCACAGUGGCUUACACUUGCAUCGCAUCUCAUAAACUUGACAAUACAUUGUGUCCAAAAUUUUCCACAAAGAUAUAAUAAGUCAUAUUUUUGGUUCAUUUAAUAGUUAAAACAAAUUUAAAUAAUGGAUCCCAUAUUCCAAUAUAUGACUUAUAAGCUAAAUGCAGUUUUUUCUACUGAUAUUAUCUCCAUAGCUUGUGUAUACCAGUCAGAAUGUGUUGGACUAGCAACAUCUAUCCAUUUUUUUUAAUAUUACCCUUUUUGUUAUUAUGCAUAUUGAAAGAAAUGCAUUUUUUUUUUUUUUUUUUUGGAUGCAUUCUCAAUAGUAAAUAAAUGCGAUCAAAAGUCAGCGUACACUGUCACUCUAUUUUGCUUACAAAAAGCCCUUAAAACACCUCUAUUAAGGUUUCAUAUACAGUACAUGCUCUAAGUGUAUAUGUAAUGUAGUAACAGGCAAUAUUUUUGUAUUUUGCUCAAUUGAAGUACACGCGGCUCACUAAUUAAAACUUUUUCCCAACAUUACUCACUGACAAUAUAAUAAAACGUCACUUACUGUACGAGGUCUGCCGUCAUCUGGAUGCCGACUGCUAGAAUAUUGUCAAAUUCCCGCUUAGAUGAAUAAUGACUCAAAAUAAGUCUUUUUGUGUUCUUCUCGCCUUUUCCGGGUCUAAAUUGGCCGUCAAAGUGACUUGUCGGGAAUACGUCCUUGUCCUUUUACUAUCCAGGCGAGAGGCACGAUUUGUGAUCUGAAAUUAACUUCCACCAGCAGCUGACCACUCGAUGAUGUCAACAUUGCACACAUUGUUGUGAUCACGACGCCGCUAUAAUUAGUCCGUCCGCGUUAGCGCUUAUAAUAACAAUAUCACUAAUACUCUUGUUAUUUUUUUGAUGGGUUGGAUGGUUAAAGUCUACCAAUGACAACGAGUGAAUUACAUACAGUGGUACCUUAAAGGGGAUCUGUAUUUUUUUUAUUUUUUUAUUUUUGAUUUGUUUUGGCAGGAGGGGUUCACAAUCAUUAUGUAAGAAAAGAACACUUAUGUUUUCCUUUUUUUUAAAUGUGUUCUAAAUAGUAAAUAAAUGCGAUCAAAAGUCAUCUCACACUGUCACUCUAUCCUGCCUACAAAAGCCCUUUAAACACCUCCAUGAAGGUUUUAUUUACAUGAUGUAAGUAAUUAUGUAAUGUUGUAACAGGCAAAAUUUAAGUAUUUUGCUCAAUUUAAGCGGCUCAUUUUAUAAAAAACUAAAAAAAAAUGUCAACAUUACUGACUGACAAUAUACUAAAACAAACAUAAUAAAAUACCACCUACUGAACAAGGUCUGCUGUCAUUAGGAUGCCGACUGCUAGAAUCUUAUUCCCGCUUAGAUGAAAAAUGACUCAUAAUAAGUAUUUUCGUGUCAUUCUCGCCUUUCCCGGGUCUAAGUUGGCUGUCAAAGUGUACCAACUUGUCGGAAUACGUCCUCAUCCUUCUACUACCCAGGCGAGAGGCGUGAUUUAUGACCCAACAUAAACUUCCACAAGGAAGGAAGCAGCUGAUCAGUCAGUUGGGGCGGUAUAGCUCGGUUGGUGGAGUGGCCGUGCCAGCAACUUGAGGGUUCCAGGUUCGAUCCCCGCUUCUGCCGUCCUAGUCACUACCGUUGUGUCCUUGGGCAAGACACUUUACCCACCUGCUCCCAGUGCCGCCCACACUGGUUUAAAUGUAACUUAGAUAUUGGGUUUCACCAUGUAAAGCGCUUUGAGUCGCUAGAGAAAAGCGCUAUAUAAAUAAGAUAAAAAGAGAAACAAUCGUGUCAACAUUGGCUCGUAAGCUCGUGAUAACAAUGCCGCUAUAAAUAGUUUGUAUGCGUUAGCGCUUAUAAUAACAACAUCACUAAUACUCGGUUAAUAUCCAAGUCACAAAAUGUGAAUGGGGUAUUGUUUGCACUUUUUGGAUGUUUAUUUAUUGGGUUUUAUGGGCGGAAAAGAUGACCUCCCUUUGGCUCCCGUUGUAAACAGACUUUUAUUUACUAGUUGGAAUACAUUUUGAAAAAGUAUAUCCGCUGUCAUGUUUUAUUUUUUAUAAUGAUUGCAAACGAUAGGCAAAAUUCCCCCCCAAAACUCCUGGAAAUUACUGGCUUAGAGCGGAUGUGUGAGUACCAAGUUAAAGGAAACGGCAGGCUGUCUUCUUCUAAUAGAUUUAUUACAGUCUUUGCAAGCUGGGUAACGUUUGCUGUGGUCUGGAACAACACGGCACACAAAUAACUAUCAGAAAUGUAGCCAAAAAACAAUAUAAUACAGAUGAUGUUUUAUGAGAUACGCAAAACUAAAUUAUAUACAAAGAGGAUAAAAGAAAAUGAGCUCAAAUAUACCUACACAUGAGGCAUAAUGAUGCAAUAUGUACAUACAGCUAGCCUAAAUAGCAUGUCAGCAUUGAUUAGCUUUUAGUCAUGCACUGACCAAACAUGUAUAAUUAGCACUCCAACAAGUCAAUAACAUCAACAAAGCGCACCUUUGUGCAUUCACGCACAGUAUAAAAUGUUUGGUGGACAAAAUGAGACAAAAAAGGAGUGGAAGAUUUUGCAUGUAAACAAACUGUCGCGUCACAGUCCACGCUAUGGUGAGUUGAAGAACCGCCAAAAUUAGUAGGACAAAACGAUGUUCGCCAAAUCCUCUCACAAACAAAAAACAUACUAAAAAAAAAAAAAAAAAAAAAAAAAAUUCCCCCACAUCUUUUUCCAUUUUCAAUCCUUUUUUUUUUUUUUUUUUACAAAUGCUCCAGGGACCCUCGUACUAACAGUUCAAAAUGAAUUGGGCGUUGUUACAAGAAAUGAAAAAAAAACAUACCAAACAUUCCCACCUUUUUCUUUUAUGUUUACAUGUACAGUGUGUGUGUGUGUGUGUGUGUGUGUGUGUGUGUGUGUGUGUGUGUGUGUGUGUGUGUGUAUGUAUCUACCACAGAGUUGAUGGUGUUUAUAUUUAUUGACGACAUUUUCCCUUGCCUUUUUUUGCAAAGCUGCCUGCUGGCAUUUUAUUGUCUUAAUUCUUUUUGCAUUAAUUUCCACACGAGCUCGCGCUCUCGGGACAUAAUGACUUCAAAUGUAUUUAUGCUGCAAGGUCUACCGGUCCGGAGGCUUUCCGCCCGUGCAUCUUCCC